AUGCCGCUGGAGGGGUUGUAACGGGGAGGUGAAAACGGAAGCUCGGUUAGAUAGGAAGGGUGCAGUCGCCUCAGACGUCUGCUCGAUCCUACUCUCACGUCGAACCUUCCUUUUAAGCUUUCCGUUUAUUCUAGUUUCCAUCUUCGAUUCUUCCGCUUUCAAUAAAAUCCCGCGAUGGCUUUGGACGCGAACGAGAAGAGCUAUAUCCUGGACGCGAGGAACAACUACGAGGACGGUGGCAGUCUGGGUUCGGAGGAAUCUUACGACGACAUGCGACAACUUGUCGGGGAAAAGAACGAAGAAUCUGGAAAAUUCAGUAGUCUACCUCUGGCCAGUUUUAAUUUCAUCAAUUCCAUCAUUGGCAGUGGUGUUAUUGGUAUACCCUACGCUCUUCAUCAGGCUGGAUUUGGCCUCGGGAUAGUAUUAUUAAUACUAGUAGCAGGCCUCACUGAUUACUCUUUAAUUUUAAUGAUUAGGAGUGGAAACAUUUGCGGUGAAAUGAGUUACCAGGGUUUAAUGAGAGCCAGUUUCGGUCGUACAGGAUUCUAUAUUCUUACGACUCUGCAGUUCAUUUAUCCAUUCAUAGCGAUGGUCUCUUAUAACGUUGUUGUCGGCGACACGGUGACGAAAGUGCUAAUAAGGGUAACAGGGAUGAGCGAGACAAGCAUUUUCGCUCAUCGUCAAGUGGUCGUCUUGUUCGCGACCGUUUGCAUCACUAUACCGCUGUGUCUUUAUAGAAAUGUUGCUCGUUUGGCCAAGAUCUCGUUUCUUUCGUUGGUCUGCGUUGGUUUCAUUCUAUUGGCCAUUUUAAUUCGGAUGGGUACGAUGUCAGCAAUUGUGCCAAGCCAAGAGGAUAGUUGGCGAUUCGCGAAUUUUCCCGGCAUUAUUCCAUCCGUUGGAAUUAUGGCAUUCGCCUUUAUGUGCCACCAUAAUACAUUCCUUAUCUACGAAUCUAUAGAAAGGGCUACACAACAAAAGUGGGACAUCGUCACCCACUGGUCGCUCUUCACUUCCUUCGUGAUCGCAACAGCUUUUGGAAUCAUCGGAUAUGCCACGUUUACUGCGUACGUUCAGGGUGAUCUUAUGGAAAAUUAUUGCUGGGACGAUGAUCUCAUGAACUUUGCCAGAAUCAUGUUCAGCGGGACUAUUCUACUUACUUUUCCCAUUGAAUGCUUCGUCACAAGGGAGGUAAUACUGACAGCGAUUAAAGGGACCGAUGAGCUCGAAGAUCAUACUGCAUACAUCCCUAACUCCGACCGGAAAUACUUGAUAAUAACUUUGUCGAUAGUGGUUGUCGCAUAUCUGAUAUCGAUGUCAACAGAUUGUCUGGGUGUGGUUCUCGAAUUGAAUGGAAUCCUCGCUGCUGUACCUCUAGCUUACGUUCUACCUGGCCUGUGCUACCUCAAACUCGAAGAUGGACCAAUUCUUUCCUCCAAAAAGCUUCCGGCGCUUGGUUUGAUGUCCGCUGGCGUGUUUGCCGCGGUCUCUGGUUUGCUGUUGCUGAUCCUGAACAACGAUACUUCCAGUUCCUGCGUGCAUGGACAGGUAAUGCCGUAUUGUAUCGAGGGUAUGAAUAGCACGAGUUUAGAUUCAAGCAUGAAAAGUACCAUUAGUCCGAUAUAAUCGAGCACGUUCGAAUUUGCCGAGGAAUUUUCAAAAGCUUUUAUUCAAAGCCGAUAGCUUUGCGAUGCUCGAAAUUGCGGUUUCAAUUUCAAGUCAAAGGAAUUUCAAUCUUCUCUGUCUUUCUUUCUGGUUUCUUUUUGGUUUUUGUUUUUGGUAAUCGAAUGCCACAAGUAUGAAGGAGCAUGAUAAGUUACGUUUCGUGUUUCUUAUGGAAGAGCGAUUUUUAAAUUCAAUAUGUUGUCCAUCUGUUCUUUCGUUUAAUCCUGGAAAUGAGUACGUUCUUUCUUACUCUUUUAUUUGUUAAAAAAAUUUAUCAAAAGAGAAGACAUAUAUAUUAAUAACAUUAGUAUUAGUCGAGUUAAACUAAUUUCUUAUAUAAUAAUUUCACCUAUUUUCAAAAAGCUUACAUAUUUGUAUCCAUCCAUCCAUCCAUUAUUCUCUUCUCCGACCACUUCAUAUUAAAAUACUCUUUUUUUAGUCACCAAUUGACAUAAAAAUCGGAAAAUCAUCAAAAAUAGAUUAUCUCAAUAUAUUCUUUCCAUGUGAUCUUCGGCCUUCGAUCGGAAUAGGAUAAGGUAUAAAAUUAGACUGCGGAGAUUUAUGCAAUGUCAUGCUUUUUAUGAUCAAUUAUGAAGAAAAAAAGAGAUUUAUUUUACUCACCAAAUAUGAUAAUGAAUGCUGUACUUUGGGUAUUACAUGUAUACUUAUUUUUGAAUAUCAUAACUAUCCUGGG